AUGAAUAACGAGCUAAUGGAACAAACACCGCCGGGAGAAUUCGGUACUCCCGGAACGGACAGGAGCUCCGAGUCGGAUGUAAACUCUGGCUCGAAGGUUACUGGGGUCCAAAAUGGAUCGGCCCCUCUCAGGUCCUCAUCCUGCAACGGUCCAGAAACACAUGACGGAAUUUCGACCCACGAUUUUGAUUCAACGGAACGCCCUGACGCCACCCCGAGCACCCCUACCCCCCUGCAGACGCAGGGCGGAGAGGGGACUCAAACCGCUUCCCCGGCAUACGGCACCCCCCAAGGGACCGUAGCCAGGGAAAUAUUUCAGAUGGAACAGCGGAUUAGGAAGUCAAACUCCAAUGACUUCCCCCGCCCAGAAAAUGAUAGCCCGACACCGGGCAAGAGAGCUCGUCGAAGGCACUCAGACGGCUCCUUGUCAAGCAGUUCGCCCAGUCCCCAAAAGAGACACUGGGACAGGAAGGCGGAGGCCCAAGAGGCCUUCGAGAUUGCCGACAAAAGUGCCAAAGUAGUAGAGAAACUUCGAAAUGCUUUUGUAAAACUUCGAAGAAAGGAGAAAACCUACUCCUGGAAGGACUUCAUGGAGCGAGACAACCCUAUGCUUGACGAGCUCUUAGAAAACCAACAAAAGCUCGCAAGCAUAAUUCUCGGGAGAGCGGUCCGCUACGAAAGCUACCCCGAGGACCUAAUACUCAGAGACAGCGGCACACAGACAAGCCCUGUCAAAUCUACGCCGCCCCCUACAGAUACGCCCGACGUCGUAGUCCUUGAAGACGACGCCAGUGCGAAUGAGGACCUCAAUAGCCAAAACAACCCUUGGGGCGGACCGGAGAUCAUCGUACCGGUUCAGCCCUCGACGUCAACAGCUGGCGUCACGGCCCAAGGUCCGCAACAAGUCCCGCCUCAGCCACCGCCCCUACCACCGCCAUACCCCCUGCAACCGCCUAAACAACAAAGGCCGAAAAGCAGCGAAAAUGACGCUGUCACCCUAGUAAACAACGCAGGGGGCGCUGAAUUUCUAAUGAUGCAAUUUUCGAAAAUAAUCAGGGAGGAAGUCACCAGGGCGAUCGAUAUGCGCCUGGGACAGCCUGAUAAGCAAAUGCCGUCAAGGCAGAAAGGCAACAAAAUUGAACCAACGAGGCCUGAAAGUCAGAAACAACCAGCGACUUCCCCGACAUCCCCCAGGGGUGAACCGUCGCGUCCCGGAGGAGGCGGUGGCUACUCGGAAACCUGGCAGGAGGUAGUAACUCGAAACUACCAAGGUGUCAGGGGUCCGAGAGCGGAGACUCACCCGUCUUCCAAUACUUCAACAAACAACAGAUUCACACCGCUGGGAGGAGGUGACAACGCAAAACGUCGGGAACCCUUCCCGAAUCUCCCCCCGCCUCAACAGCCGAGCCCGUCCACACCUGGGAAAAGGAAAAAGAAAGGGGGUCGUUAA